UCGGUCCUUCCGCUGCCGGUAGAGUGAACGUGAACUGCCAAGAAGAAGAGAAGAAAAAGCAGAAGUGGCGAUAACGUCGAGACAAGUACCGAUUGGCUUUUUAUGACACAGAGUUGCAGCCGAGCAAAAUAAACCACCGCCUCCAAGAGCUGUAAAGGCCGAUCGACUCUCGCAGGUGACCGACGAUGGCUGUGAACGUAUACUCGACCUCAGUGACCAGCGACAACCUAAGUCGUCAUGACAUGCUGGUCUGGAUCAAUGAAUCUCUACAGAUGAACCUCACCAAGAUUGAAAUGUUGUGUUCAGGUGCUGUCUACUGCCAGUUCAUGGACAUGCUGUUCCCAAACUCUGUGCCUCUGAAGAAAGUCAAAUUUGGUGCCAAGCUGGAGCACGAAUACAUCCACAACUUCAAGCUUCUGCAGGUUGCCUUCAAAAAGAUGGGAGUUGACAAAAUCAUUCCAGUGGACAAACUGGUGAAGGGGAAGUUUCAGGACAACUUUGAGUUUGUCCAGUGGUUUAAGAAGUUCUUCGAUGCCAACUACGACGGGAAGGAGUACGACCCAGUGGAGGCGAGGCAGGGCCAGGACGCCAUGCCCACACCCAACCCUGCCACAUCAGCUCUGAACAAACCCCCUAAAAAGGCCAUCAGUCAAGCUCCUCAGAGGCCACCUGUUGCUAAGGUAGCACCCAAGUUGGCUCCAGUCAGUGCAAGGAAGCCGGGGAUGGGAGGAGGCGACGAGGAGAGGGCAGAGCUCCUGAAUGAGCUGGAGAUCCUGAAAUCUACCAUUCAGGACAUGGAGAAGGAGAGAGACUUUUAUUUUGGAAAGCUGCGGAACAUUGAGCUGAUUUGCCAGGAGAAGGAAGGAGAGGGCGACCCCACGCUGCAGAGGAUCGUAGACAUCCUCUACGCCACAGACGAGGGUUUUGUGAUACCGGAUGCUGAGGAGCAGGAGGAGUUUUAAUAUUCAAGACUGCAAGCAACUUUUCACUUAGAUGCCCUGGUCUACAAAACGAGAUCCCUCCUCAAGCCAAGACAGCCAGUUUGGUUUUAUAUCCAACAACCAAACCUGAUCUCGACUUGUGCCCCCCCCUCCCCCCUCCCACCUUUCCUGAACCUGAUUCCCAACCUGCCAGACUUUUUCCUCUUAGCCUUCAGCCACCGUACAGCUGCGCUCCCACUUCUCCCAAAACACGUUUCACCAAUAAUCAACAAAGCCUCGGUCACUGCCUCUCCUCUCUACACACCUGUCAGUCUGCAAGAAUCCCGGUCCCCACCCUCACCUGGAAUCCCGACCUUCCCGAAACCAGAUCUGGUUUUUGUAAUGGACUUCAGUGUGAAAAACACGGUGAUGUUCUCUGUGUGUGUGUGUGUGUAUAUGUAUGUGUGUGUGGUUGUAUGUGUUUAAAAAUCAAUUUGAAACAAAUCAAACGUAAUGAACCUCCUCUGAAGACCCGGCUGUCGGUUCAACCAAUCACUUUGUCCAAAUCUAACCCCGAUGGUUUCUUUGUUUGAUGGCACUGCAGCCGUUUUGUGCCUCUCCUGCUGACACUGAAUUUUAUUCAUUUAGAGGAAGAUACAUGCACAGGUGAGAAAAAGCAGGAAAAAACACACACAUUCCCAACUUAGUUUUGAUUUAUUUGGAACCAAAUCUGAGGUGUAGGUUGUAUUUUUGCUCGCUGGUCCCCAUUUCAAGUGGUAAGAGUUAAAUUUCAUCCAGGCAGCAGGCUCUCAGAAACGCUGCUAACGUUACCUGUAGAAGAUAAGUUUGUAAGCAAUAUGAAAUGAGUAGAAAGCAGCCGGUGGACCGCACACGUUGACGCUGAAGGGCUCAGGGUUUAGCCUGGGAUGAGGCAACAGUCGGGUCUUCUCUUGGUCUUUCUCCCACCAAGGACACCAUCUUGAUUUUGUCCUGUUCAGCUUCAGAAGAGCUUUUGUAAAUUUAUGCCACUGUUUUAUCACAUUUUUUUUCUCACUCCAUUUUUUUUCUUGUUCCUGUCGUGUGUUUCAGAACUGUUUUUGGGCACCUGUCAGUCAUGCUCUCACCUUUUUUAUACAUUUGUUUUCUAUUUAGUUUGAGGUUUUCUCGCGCUCACCCAUUGAUCACUCUGUUGGGAAGGUUUUACUUGUGUGCAGGGACUUGUUCUCCCAGACACAAGAAUAGAGAAGAGGAGUUGCUGUCUUUUUUUGCCACCCACAUGUUCCCACUCAGACUUGGUGUUCACAUUUCACGCUUCGUAAAUGUGCAAUUCUUAAAACCAGGAAAGUGGCUUACUCUUGCGGUCGAUGUGAGAUCAAGUGUUUAAAGCUUUCGUGGACGGCAGCCUUUUGAUCAACACGCCAAUGUUUUAGUAAGAAGUGCAAAAAAACAAGCCAGAGGCUGCGUGAUCAACAGUGAUCGUUUUGUAUGUUUUGUCUUUUGGAAAGUCUCUUUUAAGGCAGAUGCACUGUUUUAUACCAGUGGCCUUUAAUUAGCCCCUAGCCAAUAAAAAGAAUUCCUGACGAAGGAUGACGGGAAAUCCAGACCAGCCACAUUACAAACACUGUGAGCUCUGACUGUGGCCGAUCAGUGUGUUCACUACAUGUAGCCGGCCACAGUCCAGACGAUCAUCAUCUAAACUCUGCCUGUCUGAGCUGUGAGAGAGGCUGCUUCGCUUCUCUCCGCUGCUUCAGCAGCUAGUCUGAUGAAACUUUGUUUUUCCUGCCCUCAUUACUGAUGUUGGAAUUAGUUUUUCCCAAAGCUGUUAUAAAAUGUGGGAUCAAUAUAAAAUUAAAAACUAAACCUUGCCACACUGACGGCGUAUUCCUUUGUGGGAAUGAGUUUUCCCCUUUUUUUGUACUUCACACCCUGAUUGACCAAUUUUAAUACUGAUCUAUUGUGGAUCUAAUUUGAGACCAGUUUUUCCACUGUACUGUGUUCACUGUCUGACAUAUUUGUACCUAAUUUGAAACAACACACAAACCCUGUUAACAUCAACUUGUUGGAAUACAUUUAUAAAUACUUUAUCAAUGGCCUUAUUCAUUAGGAAACAUUUUUCAUAACUUUUUUUAUUUUACUUUAAGUCUCUGCUGUUCUGGGUAAAUGUUUGUACUGUUAGUCAUAUUUUUAAUGUGUUCUGAAAAUAAACAACAUUGGAGGUAUUUCAGACAGAAGCUCAGAUGUGUCAGGGUGCAGCAGACCACCUGUCUUCCAUCAAAUGCUCAUAAAGCAAACAACAAAAAAAAAGUAUAUUUACAGUGUUUGAUGCCGGUUGAUUUUAAUUCAAGGAUUUCUUGUGAUUUUUUUUUUUUUUUUUUUUUCUUGAAGGAUGCAAGUUUGUUUCCACAGUGAGAUAAAUGUACACUAGUAUCACAGCUGCAGACUUAGAAAAUGAUUUUCUGUAGAAUUAAAUUAAAGAUCAAUUGGCUGAGUCGAGCAUUUUUCAUCUUUGGAUUAACAGUGACUCAGAUGUCGUAUUUAAAGUGUUGUAGCUACAUGAUAUGAUCAGAGCUCAGAAGCCUUUAACAAACACUGCCAUGUGUAAGAUUGAAUGUUGCCUGGGUUGACUUGUUUAUUUUAUUUUUCUCUUUUUUCUGGUUGUUGCCUUCAGUCAGACCACAUCUUUAAAAAAAACAUCUCUACUUUGACCUUUUAGAAAUAAUUUCCAAAUCAUAAUUUCUCAGAAUGUAUGCUGUUCUGACUCUCCAAAGAGUGAUUUGAAGUUUUUAAUGCAAGCACAGUCGACCUUGUAGUGUGGUGAUGUGCGAGUGCAGUAACAUAUUCUCUUCAGUUGUUUUCUCUGUACUGCAGCACACUGGCUUGUGACUGUGACUGACUUUCAGCUUUAAUUGGAGACUUUCCACGUCUGUAUUUGCUGGACAAUGUAGGACUUGUCUGUUUUACUUGUCAUCUUCCGAGUUUUGGAAAAUGAUCAAGUGGAGCUGUUCUGUAGGAGCAAACGCUGGAAAGUUCUUGAUAAUCAGAGUCAGUCGCUUCUUCAGUUCAUGUGAUCGUGUGUUUCACUGAUGAAGACCUGACUGACGGCAGAACGAAGGCUGCAGUACAGAACAGCACUGUAAACAACUGUAAAAAUAAACACAAAGGUUUUUUAGACAGAAGCUCAGGCUUGUCAGAGCUCCUGACACCUUUAUCAAAUAUCAGGAUUCAUUUUUUUCCAGCACAUUUUGGUUUUUAUUUCUCGCGCUGAUCGUCUGUCGCAGACGUAAACUCCUCAUCAAAUUGAAGCUGAAAGUCAGAACGUAAACGUCACAGUAAUCCUUUCGUUUUAAAUCCAGUGUGCUGAAGUUCAGAGUCAACACAACAACAAACUGUCGGUGGAGGUGAUGUGCAGGGUUUCCCUAAAAAGCUCCCUCACUCUCAGGUGUCAGUUUGUUUACUGUAACUAAAACCUGCUAAUGUGUAGAGAGAAAACACCUUAAGCUGAGGUCUGUUCUUACUGUUACUGUUGAUUCAUCUGCUUGUUUCUUAGAUUGAACUGAAAAAAAUAAGUUGCAGAAAAACAAGAAAACAAAGAUUUUCAGUCAACAGCGACAGAAAAACCAGCACAUUAACAUUAGAGAAACUGGAACCAGAAGAUGUUUGGUUUGUUUACUUGAACAAUGACUCAAACAAUUAAUCAGGUUAAUGGUUUUAUCAGUUAAUUAACUGGCUGAUUGUUUCAGCUGUACUUGCUAAAUGUGUAGACUGGAAGCUGAAAUCUGGGGUUGAUACACGUUAAACCCCACUCGUCUGGUGCUCCAAGCUCAGUGAAAUAAACGCUCCAAAUUAACUGACCUGUUAUCUAAGGAUCUCCUGGGAGUGAGAUGUUUUUGGGGAAACUACUUCCUGUUUGUUGGGCGGGUUGAUGCCAAGACAAAUUGUAGCACACUGAGGAUGGACACACACUCACACACACUGCAGGGCUUUAGGGAUCAGUCCCCAAAAAGCACAGUGUAGAUACCCCCCCCCCUCCAUGUCUGCAUACUGUGAGCCUUCUCAAUGCAGGAGAAUCAUCUUAACUUGAACACUGUAAACUGUAGACACAGCAGCAGCAGCAGCAGCAGCAGCAGCAGCAGUGUGGCGUUUGGAGACGAGUGUGUGUUGUCGAGCCUUAGUGGAAAAGUGCUUUUUGUUAUGCAAUGUCAAAGGGGAGCGGACGUCCCCCUUUACAUAGUGGCCUCUGUACUGAACCCAGUGCCAAUGUAACCUCCUCCCUCCCCCCAGCAGUCUGUAUUUAAUGACUCCUAAUACUAACUGUCGCUCCAGUUACUUGUUAAGUGUGAUUUGUAACAUAAUGAGAUUUUUUUCUUUCUUUCUGGUGAAGAGGUUUUGACAAUCGCCUGGUUUUUGCAGCUUUUUGCAGCUUUCCUGACAAGUAAUUAGUAAAGUAUUUCACGUAGUCUGGUUUAAUGAUAGUAGUUAAGGUGUGUUAUUGUAGGUGUUAACGGAGAGGGACUGUGUGUGUGUGUGUAGUUUAACUGGUACAAGUUUUUGUUUUUCACUCACACACUGCUGAAGGCCGCUCUGGGGACACGUGGUCGUCACCUCGAGACCUUCACUCCUGCUUUAUAUCAUGAUUUAAGAACAAAAACAUGCGUUUCUGUUGAUGACAGCUCAUCCCCAGUUUGGCUGAAGGUUCUGGAACAUCAUGCAGGUGUGUGUGUGUGUGGCUUUAAAGGUAACGGUGUCUGACCUCUGACCUUUCCCCUCUCAACAAUCAGUGCCGAUUAGUGUGUACACUGUGGGCUGAGUCUCUCCCCUCUGUCCAGGCCUCUCUCUCUCUCUCUUUUCUCUGUCUGCUGUUUCUGCUGGAUUUGAUGUGUUUGUUAUACUCUGCUGAACUCGAUUUUCUUGAAUCAAGUUUCGUACAGACAAUAAAACAGUAUUUCCACGUGA